GCUCCGCCAGGCCGUCGCGUUGCGGGGCCGCGGUUUGGAUCAUGCAGGACGUUGGCGGCCGGAGCGCGGCUGCUUGGGUGCGGGCGCUGCUGCUGCCGCUCCUGCUCACGGGGCCCGGGGGCUGCCUGAGCCACCAGGACCUCUUUCCCUAUGGCCCCUUGCAGGGGGACCUGGAGCUGGAGGAUGGGGACGACAUCGUGUCGCCGGCCCUGGAGCUCAGCGAGGGGCUCCACUUCUACGACCGUUCUGGCAUCGACUCAGUCUACGUCACUACAAAUGGCAUCAUUGCCAUGAGCAAACCGCCUGCCAAAGAAUCUCAUCCUGGGCUCUUCCCACCCACCUUCGGCGCUGUGGCACCUUUCCUGGCAGAUUUGGACACAACUGACGGGCUUGGAAAGGUGUAUUAUCGAGAAGACCUGUCCUUCUCUGCCACUCAGCUGGCAGCAGAAUAUGUCCAGAGGGGCUUCCCGGAGGUCUCUUUCCAGCCCAUCAGUGUGGUGGUGGUCACCUGGGAAUCCGUGGCCCCCUACCAAGGGCCCAGCAGGAACCCGGCCCAGGAAGGCCAGAGAAACACGUUCCAGGCAGUUCUGGCCUCCUCAAAUGCCAGCACCUAUGCCAUUUUCCUGUACCCCCAAGGCGGUCUGCAGUUCUACACAACCUUCUCCAAGAAAGAGAAGAGCCAAGUGCCUGCUAUGGUUGCUUUCAGCCAAGGUUUAGUGGGAUUGUUCUGGAAGAGUGAUGGAGAGUAUGAUGUAUUUGCUAAUGAUAGCAAGUCAAUUGAAAACUUGACCAGGAACAGCAACUCUGGGCGUCAGGGCAUGUGGGUGUUUGAGAUUGGGAGUCCAGCUGCUGCCAAAGGUGUGGUUCAGGCGGAGGUGAACCUUGGACCCAACAGUGGAGCAAAUUAUGAAGGAGAAGUCGAAGAUUAUGACCAGAUGACCACUCAUCUCGGCCUAGAGGAUGCCUCAACCCCAUCUUUGCCCUUCAAGAUUUCAAAAAGGGGAGAUACUGACUCAUACGAUGUGUCCCAUGCCCUCUCUCCACGCCACGAGACUACCGAGGGCUCCAGAUCUUUCCAGUUGCCCGUGUUUUCCCAGCAGCAGGUCUUCCAUGUGGAAGAAAUGGAAGAAACAGGAAGUGUGUUCCCCUACAACACAGAUUCUCAGCAGACGUGUGCCAACAACAGACACCAGUGUUCAGUGCAUGCGGAGUGCAGGGACUACAGCACGGGCUUCUGCUGCCGCUGCGUGGCUGGCUACAUGGGCAAUGGCAGGCAGUGUGUGGCCGAAGGCUCUCCACAGCGUGUGAACGGCAAGGUGAAGGGCAGGAUUUUCUUGGGCAGCAGCCAUACCCCCAUAGUCUUCGAGAACACUGACCUGCACUCCUACGUGGUGAUGAACCACGGGCGCUCCUACACAGCCAUCAGCACCAUCCCUGAGACUGUUGGCUACUCCCUGCUCCCUCUGGCGCCCAUCGGAGGCAUCAUUGGAUGGAUGUUUGCUGUGGAGCAGAACGGAUUCAAGAAUGGCUUCAGCAUCACUGGGGGCGAAUUCACCCGCCAGGCUGAGGUGACCUUCGUGGGACACCCAGGCAAGUUGGUCAUCAAGCAGCAGUUUAGUGGCAUUGACGAGCAUGGCCACCUGACUAUCGACACAGAGCUGGAGGGCCGCGUGCCACAGAUUCCUGCCGGUUCCUCUGUGGCCAUCGAGCCCUAUACAGAGCUCUACCACUACUCGGGUUCUGGUGAGUCGACCCUGGGUGACGGGAGAGAGGGCUCCCCCGAUGCCCUGCAGAAUCCUUGCUACAUCGGCACUCACGGCUGUGACACCAAUGCGGCCUGUCGCCCUGGCCAAGGGACGACGUUCACCUGCGAAUGCUCCAUUGGCUUCCGCGGAGAUGGACGGACCUGCUACGACAUCGACGAGUGCUCAGAGCAGCCCUCCGUGUGCGGCAGCCAGGCGAUCUGCAACAACCAGCCCGGCACCUUCCGCUGCGAGUGCGUUGAGGGCUACCGCUUCUCAGAUGACGGCAAAUGUGUGGCUAUCGUGGACCAGCGCCCCAUUGACUACUGUGCCACUGGCCUCCAUGAUUGUGACAUCCCCCAGCGGGCCACCUGUAUCUACAUGGGAGGUUCCUCCUACACCUGCUCCUGUCUGCCAGGCUUUUCUGGGGAUGGCCGAGCCUGCCAAGAUGUAGACGAAUGCCAGCCUAGUCGUUGUCAUCCUGAUGCCUUCUGCUAUAACACCCCAGGCUCUUUCACGUGCCAGUGCAAACCUGGCUACCAAGGAGAUGGCUUCCAAUGCGUGCCUGGAGAGGUGGAGAAGACCCGGUGCCAGCAGGAGCGUGAACACAUUCUCGGUGCAGUGGGAGCUGCAGAUGCACAGCGGCCCAGGCCGCUAGGACUCUUUGUCCCUGAGUGUGACGAGCAUGGGCACUAUGUGCCCACCCAGUGCCAUGGGAGCACUGGCUACUGCUGGUGUGUGGACCGUGAUGGCCGCGAGCUGGAGGGCACCAGGACCAGGCCUGGGCUGCAGCCCCCAUGUCUGGGUACAGUGGCCCCCGCGAUUCACCAGCGACCUGUGUUGCCUACCUCUGUGAUCCCUCUGCCUCCUGGGACCCACUUACUCUUUGCUCAGACUGGGAAGAUUGAGCGCCUCCCCCUGGAGGGAAAUACCAUGAAGAAGGCAGAAGCCAAGGCAUUUCUUCAUGUCCCAGAGAAAAUCAUCAUAGGACUGGCCUAUGACUGUGUGGACAAGAUGGUGUACUGGACGGACAUCACUGAGCCCUGCAUCGGGAGAGCUAGCCUGCAUGGCGGAGAGCCAGCCACCAUCGUCCAUCACGAUCUGGGCAGCCCCGAGGGCAUUGCCAUCGACCAUCUUGGCCGCAACAUGUUCUGGACGGACUCUCACUUGGACCGAAUAGAAGUCGCCAAGCUGGAUGGCACACAGCGCCGAGUGCUGUUUGAUACUGAUUUGGUGAAUCCCAGAAGCAUCAUAACGGAUCCCGUGAGAGGGAAUCUUUACUGGACAGACUGGAACAGAGAUAACCCCAAAAUUGAAACUUCCUACAUGGAUGGCACGAACCGCAGGAUUCUUGCGCAGGAUGAGCUGAUCUUACCCAAUGGCCUGACAUUUGACCCGUUCUCAUCACAGCUGUGCUGGGUGGACGCAGGCACCCAUCGGGCAGAAUGCCUCAACCCGAGUCAGCCCAGCGUGCGCAAGGUUCUCUCGGGACUUGAGUACCCUUUCGCAGUGACAAGCUUUGGGAAGAAUCUGUAUUACACAGACUGGAAGAGGAAUUCCGUGGUUGCUGUUGAUCUUGCAAUUUCUAGUGUGACAGACACAUUCCACCCCCACAAGCAGAGCCGCCCAUAUGGCAUCACCACCACCCUGUCACAGUGUCCCCAAGGUCACAACUACUGCUCAGUGAACAAUGGCGGCUGCACCCACCUCUGCCUGGCCACCCCAGGAAGCAGGACCUGCCGCUGCCCUGACAACACCCCAGGGGUAGACUGUAUCGAGCGGAACUGAAGACAGGCAUGCCUCCUUCCCUCUCCGCAUAUCUCACAGCAGUGCCCUACUUGAAACUACUUGGUCCAGACAGGCACCUGUCCGCCAGCGGAGGGACCGCUAUGCCCAGGUCUAUCCCAGCCUGAGCCCAAAUAACUUUCCCCACACUCAACCCCAAAAUAUGCACCCAGGGCUUCUGUUAUAAGAUCUCUGCCCUGAUAUAGGGGUUGGAUCUCCCACCCUGACCUCCUCCUUCAGACAAAGUUACAGAGCCCCGGGUGAAAACAAUGUCCCAUGUCCUAGGACCUUUCCCUAGUCCUAGUCCCCAGGGGUGAGAAGACCCUCCACAGGCAUGGGUGGCCCCUUCUUGAGGGCCUUCUGAGAUUGGCCUGUACUCUGAAGCACCCACCAUCCUGCCAGCUGUUCGGUACACCAGCUGGGGCCAGACCAGGCAAGGAUGUGAAGGGGGAGUUAGCCCUGCCACUCCAUUUCUCUUGGUGCUCUCAUGUCCCCUGUUGUCCCCACCUUUUUGCUUCUCAGUUCCUCACCACCUUUACCCUGCCCAAGACACUGAUGUCAGUGAGCACACUCUCUGCCUUAUGACCACAAACCUCCCAGUUCCAGCGCUGCAUGGAAGCUGGUGGGCAGUAAUGAGCAGCCCUUCCCAGAGAGAAUACUGGCUGUUCAGCAGUGCAAAGGUUGAUGGCAACAAAGCAUCCUGGGGAAGAAAUUUAUGAUGUAGUCAGCUGUUUGAGGAUCAGGGUUCUCUUGAUGUGCCUUAGGUGAUACCAAAGAUGACACAUUAUCCCUCCUGGCCAGCAGCACCUGUGUCUCAGCCUUUGGCUGUGGUGCUGUGCUGGUCUCCAGUCCUGCUGCUGAUACCAGUGUCCAUUCUUACAGAGACCAGCUUGGCACCGGCUGGGGCCUACCUAACCCUUACCUCCAGCCCCUAUUCUUGAGUACCUGUGUGCUCUCAACCCUGAACAUCUUUAUGUCUCUCUUCUCUGUGGCCCCUGCUGCAUCUAUUUUCAUCUAAAGACACAGUCUAGGAAGAUCUCAGACGCCUUCCCUCAUACCUUGUCCUAAUGCAAGGGACUAUUACUAUGUUUCAUAUUUAUGUUUGAACAAGUUUUUUCGAAACCAUUUCCUGGCCGUAUGAGUAGCUGGUGUUCUCUCUUCCAGCUGCUUCCCAGAGUUCUGAGACAACCAAAAUUUUGGAUUGGAAUUUAAACAAAGAGUUUGAGCCAGGACAGCAUGGGGCAAGAGGGGUAAAAAACAUCAGAAGAGACUGAUCAAGGGCAGGAAUGGAAACCCCAAGAGGAAGGGGCCAAGGAGGGGUUUAAGAACACCAAUAAUAAAAUCCAUUAACACCAAAGAGAAGCUGGUACAUUUUUGCCAAAACUCACAUAUCUUAAGGACAUGGAAGAAUUUGUUCUCCUUGGGCAAAAGAUCCUCACCCCCUUUUGCUUAAAGCCUUAGUGCUUGCUGCCUGCCCCUUCCCUCCUGCCUUUGCCUCACCUACUUAAAUAAUUGGAGUUGUUUUGAGAAGCAGCUGUAUCCCCAAGAAUCACAAUUUUGGGGAAAUGUGGGUCCUACAUGAAGCGAGCCCCAUACAUUAUAUUUGUGUUUAUCAUCCCAUAUCAAGCCCUGCAUAUGAAGUGUUCAUCAUGAUGUGUAGUGUUUGUAACUAUUUUUUUCAUUUUACUAGAUUCAUUCUAAAGUCUCAAAUGGUAAGUUUUAAGCUGUGGAAACCACUGAAGGUGCUUAUUAACUGUUCCUCAAAAUGUACACAAGUAUUGAACAAUUCCUUGAGUUUACAGCUGUACAAAUAUUAUGAAGGAUAUUAAAAAGUGUUUUUGUUAA